CAAUCCUAUGAAGAAGCUGAAAAAGGAUUUGAUGACAGCGUGAGCAAAGAACGUGGUGUGAACAGAGAUGACAGAGCACAUGGAUCAUUGCUGAUUAUUAAUGAAUUAGUAAGAAACAGCAGCAUGGAAGGACAGAGAUUAAGACAAGAAAUGGAAGAAAUUUCACAACAACAAACAAUGCAUGAUAGAUCCUUUCGAGGUCUUGGUCACUUGGGUGGUAAGUCCAAGCAUCAUCAACAUCAUCAACACCAGCAGAUGAUCACUAUAUUUCACAGUUUUCAACCUCAAAGGCCAUCACUAAGUCCCAUCAGCAUCUCUGCUACAGCUGUGUCUCCUCAGAAACCUGCCUAUGUUGAAAGCAGAUACUGUAGAGAACUAAUGGAAGAAAAAUUUGAUGAAAUUUGUUGUCAGGUAUUGAAAUACAGGAGCAGUAGAAGUCCAUUGAUCCAGCAGAUGUUAUUGACAAUGUUGCCACGGUUAGCUGCAUUUCAACCUGUCAAAUUUGUUAAAAAGUAUCUCAAUGACACCAUGCAAUAUUUACUUGGUAGUUUGAAAAAGGAACGGGAAAGAUCCAGUGCAUUUCAAGCUGUUGGACUGUUGGCUGUUGCUGUAAAAUCACAAAUUGUACCACAUUUACCAAAGAUAUUAGAAAUUGUCAAGAUUUCAUUACCAUCAAAAGAUCUGCCUGCUAAGAAACAUAAAAACUUUGUUGUGGAUCCGUCAGUGUUCACAUGUGUCAGCAUGCUGGCCAGGGCAGUAGGUCAUGUGAUUGCCAAGGAUGUCAAGGAACUAUUGGAGCCUAUGCUAGCAGUAGGACUUAGUCCAGCACUCACAGCAGCUUUGAAUGACUUGGCACAUCAGAUACCACAACUGAAGAAAGAUGUACAGGAUGGUUUACUGAAAAUGUUAUCAUUGGUUUUAAUGCAUCAACCACUCAGGCAUCCAGGGGCACCUAAAACACCCACAGUUGUUAUCACCCCUACAAGCUCCUAUGCUAAUUUGACUGAUGUCACAGACACUACAAGUACUGUGUUAGCACUGAGGACACUGGGAAGUUUUGAUUUUGAAGGACAUUCCUUAACUCAGUUUGUACGACACUGUGCUGAUCACUUCCUGAAUAGUGAACAUAAAGAGAUCAGAAUGGAAGCCGCCAGGACUUGUUCCAGUCUUCUUCAUCCUUCCCUUCAUAUACUUGGAAAUAAUGUUUCACCUCCAUCAAGUCCCACCAAUACUCAGGUUGUGGCUGAUGUGCUUGGUAAAUUAUUAGUUGUUGGAAUUACAGAUCAAGAUCCUGAUAUUCGUUACUGUGUCUUAGCAUCACUAGAUGAACGAUUUGAUGCUCACCUUGCACAAGCAGAGAAUCUGAGUGCUUUGUUUGUAGCAUUGAAUGAUGAAGUAUUUGAAAUCCGAGAACUUGCUAUGUGUAUGAUUGGUCGACUCAGUAAUCUCAAUCCAGCAUUUGUUAUGCCUGCGUUACGGAAAACACUUAUUCAGAUACUAACAGAGUUGGAACAUAGUGGUGUUGGUAGAAAUAAAGAACAGAGUGCUCGCAUGUUAGGACAUCUUGUAUCGAAUGCACCACGGUUGAUACGCCCAUAUAUGGAACCAAUUGUUAAGGCAUUAAUUCCCAAAUUAAAAGAACCUGAUCCCAACCCAGAUGUUGUGAUCAGUGUAUUGGCUGCUAUUGGUGAACAAGCACAGGUGAGCGGGGUUGAAAUGCGUAAAUGGAUGGAUGACCUUUUACCCAUCAUUCUUGAUAUGUUACAAGACUCUUCCUCAUUGGCUAAGAGGGAAGUGGCUCUCUGGACUCUUGGGCAGCUAGUUGAAAACACCGGAUAUGUUGUGGAGCCAUACAAAAAAUACCCAAUGCUGUUGGAAGUUUUGCUCAACUUUUUGAAAACUGAGCAGUCUACUAACAUAAGGAGAGAGACAAUCCGAGUGUUAGGAUUACUGGGAGCGCUAGAUCCGUAUAAACAUAAAGUCAAUUCAACUCACCCAGAUAGGUAUGACACAGGCGCUAUGGUCAGUAUGCCUGAUACAACGGGAACACAGGAGGCUGGAGAAUACACUACUAGUGAAAUGUUGGUUAAUAUGGGAAGUGGUCCACUAGAAGAAUUUUAUCCUGCUGUUGCUGUGGCAACACUGAUGCGUAUUAUGCGAGAUCCAUCUCUUUCCAGUUACCACAGUAUGGUUGUCCAGGCGAUAAUGUUCAUUUUCAAGAGUAUGGGUAUAAAAUGUGUCCAGUUUUUACCGCAAAUAAUGCCGACAUUCCUGAAUGUUAUCCGGACAUGUGAUCCGGCAAUACGAGAGUUUUUAUUCCAACAGUUGGGUUUCAUCAUUUCUAUUGUAAAACAACACAUCAGGAAUUACUUAGAUGACAUCUUUGCAAUUAUCAAAGAAUACUGGACCCUGGACAGUCCAAUGCAGAAUACUAUUAUACUAUUAGUGGAACAAAUAGUUGUAGCAUUGGGUGGCGAGUUUAAAGUCUAUCUACCACAGCUUGUACCACAAAUAUUGCGAGUAUUUAUGCAUGACAGUCACAACAGGAACGUAACUCUAAAGUUGUUGAAUGCAAUGCAGAUGUUUGGUGCUAAUUUAGAUGAUUAUCUUCAUUUAUUAUUACCUCCUGUUGUUAAAAUAUUUGAUUCACCAGAUGUCCCACUGAAUGUCAGAAGCGCUGCCUUAAUUACCAUUGACCGCCUCAGUGACACACUGGACUUCACUGACUUUGCUUCCCGGAUUGUUCACCCGCUCGUUCGUACAUUGGAUAACACUCCAGAAUUAAGGUCGGUUGCCAUGGAUACAUUAUCAUCUCUCGUGCUACAACUUGGCAAGAAGUAUCAGAUAUUUAUUCCAAUGGUCAAUAAAGUGCUAUAUAAACAUCGGAUAUCGAAUCAACGAUACGAUAUGUUACUAUGUCGUAUUGUUCAGGGUACUACAAUAGCUGAGGAAGAAGAUGACCCAUUACUGUGGAGAACACGUCAAGGUAAAGGUGGUAACCUUGGAGAAGACACGGCUGCUAGCAGUUCAAUUGAUUCAAGACACGUCAAGAAAUUGCACGUCAGUGCUAACAAUUUACAACGAGCAUGGGGAGCUGCUAGACGUGUCUCUAAAGAUGAUUGGAUGGAGUGGUUACGAAGACUUAGUGUUGAACUAUUGAAAGAGUCCCCAUCACCUGCUUUAAGAUCAUGCUGGGCCUUAGCGCAGGGAUACAAUCCAUUAGCAAGGGACCUGUUUAAUGCAGCGUUCGUCUCAUGUUGGUCAGAGUUGCACGAACAACAACAAGAUGAACUGAUUUCAAGUUUAGAGCAAGCACUAACAGCUCAAGAUAUACCAGAAAUAACUCAAACUUUAUUAAAUCUAGCAGAAUUUAUGGAACAUUGUGAUAAGGGCCCGCUUCCAAUAGAUAAUACUCUACUUGGUGAGCGUGCAACCAAAUGUCGUGCCUAUGCUAAGGCUUUACAUUACAAAGAAGAGGAGUUUCACAGAGGUCCAAAUACCGUUAUAUUGGGAGCACUUAUUAGUAUCAAUAAUAAAUUACAGCAACCAGAAGCAGCCAGUGGAGUCCUACAUUAUGCUAUGAAGAACUACAGAGCUGAAUUGCAAAUUCAAGAAACUUGGUAUGAGAAGCUGCAUGACUGGGAGAAUGCGUUGUCAGCUUAUGGAAGAAAGCAGGAAUCAGAGCCUGACAACAUUGAGCUAACUUUGGGUAGAAUGAGAUGUCUAGAGGCACUUGGAGACUGGGGUUCCUUACAUGAUUUAGCCUGUGAGAAGUGGCCAGUGGUCGAUGAUGAAACCAGACAGAACAUGGCAAGGAUGGCUGCAGCAGCAGCAUGGGGUCUUGGACAGUGGGAGAGUAUGGAGGAGUAUACAUGUAUGAUACCUAGAGACACACAUGAUGGAGCAUUCUACAGGGCUGUGUUAGAAGUUCAUGAGGAUCAUUUCUCAUUAGCUCAGCAGUGUAUAGAUAAAGCAAGAGAUAUUUUAGACAAUGAGUUGACAGCGAUGGCUGGUGAAAGUUACAACAGAGCAUAUGGUGCAAUGGUACAUGUACAGAUGUUAUCAGAACUAGAAGAAAUAAUACAGUAUAAACUGGUGCCUGAAAGACGAGAAGUGGUUAAACAGACAUGGUGGGAUAGAUUACAGGGUUGUCAACAAAAUGUGGAAGACUGGCAAAAAGUGAUCCAAGUUCGAUCAUUAGUCUUGACCCCACAAGAAGAUAUGAGAACAUGGUUGAAAUAUGCAAGUCUUUGUCGCAAAGGUGGCAGAUUGAAAUUAUCUCACAAGACUUUGAUAAUGUUGUUAGGAAUGGAUCCAUCUCUACAUCCUGAACAGCCGUUACCAACAACGCAUUCACAUGUUACGUUCGCAUAUAUGAAACACAUGUAUAAGAAUGGAGAACAGCAAGAUGCAUUUUCUCAUCUCCAACAUUUUGUGAAAACUGCGCAGAGGUGCUUUCGGAGAGAUAUCACUCUUGAAGAACAGAGACACCGGGGAACCAAAUAAUAAAUGCAUCCAAUAUAUUUCAGGUGUUAUUUAAAACUAGGGGAGUGGCAGCAAAGUUUAGAAGGUAUCCAUGACAACACAAUACCACAGAUAUUACAGUACUAUGCGUCAGCAACUGAGUAUGAUCGUAAUUGGUAUAAGGCAUGGCAUGCCUGGGCUUUAAUGAAUUAUGAAGCUGUGCUCUAUCACAAACAACAAACUAGUUCUAGUGGACAGUCUGGUAAUAAUCACAGUGGUGUGGAUCUUGGCCAAUCACAGGCUGUCUCUGGUGGACAGGCAGGUAACAACCCCGGUAGUGUAGACGCAAGCAGUGUAAGUAGCAGUAGUAGUGUAGAUAUAUCUACUCAUGAAGAUGGACAACUUAAACCAAAUGUACAUACUUACACAGUGCCUGCUGUACAAGGUUUUUUCCGAUCCAUUGCUCUAUCCACUGGUGGUAACUCUUUACAAGACACACUACGUCUGCUUACUCUCUGGUUUGAUCAUGGACAGUGGCCAGACCUUUAUGAUGCUUUAGUGGAAGGCAUUAAAACAAUAGAAAUUGACACAUGGCUCCAGGUGAUACCACAGUUGAUUGCCAGAAUAGACACACCAAGACAGCUAGUAGGAAAACUUAUACACCAGUUACUUACAGACAUUGGGAAGCAGCAUCCACAGGCUUUGAUUUAUCCCCUGACAGUGGCAUCCAAGUCCGCAAGUUCAGCACGACAUAAUGCUGCUAAUAGAAUUCUGAAAAACAUGUGUGAACAUAGUUCUAACCUAGUACAACAGGCCAUGAUGGUAAGUGAGGAGUUAAUUCGUGUGGCGAUAUUAUGGCAUGAACUGUGGCAUGAAGGCUUAGAAGAAGCAUCUAGACUCUAUUUUGGUGAGAGGAAUAUCAAAGGUAUGUUUGCUGUCCUAGAACCGUUACAUGGUAUGAUGGAGAGGGGACCACAAACAUUAAAAGAAACUUCAUUCAAUCAGGCUUAUGGAAGAGAUUUAAUGGAGGCCCAGGAUUGGUGUCGGAAAUAUACAAGAUCUGGAAAUGUCAAGGAUUUAACGCAAGCAUGGGACCUGUAUUACCAUGUAUUCAGACGAAUAUCUAAACAGUUGCCACAGCUGACUCAGCUAGAGUUGCAGUAUGUCUCUCCUAAACUGUUGAUGUGUCGUGAUCUGGAGCUAGCUGUACCUGGUACUUAUGAUCCAAACCAACCAAUUAUCAGAAUUCAUUAUGUAAAACCAACUCUUCAAGUGAUAACUUCUAAACAGAGACCAAGAAAACUAAGUAUAUUUGGAAGCAACGGUCAAGAGUUUAUGUUCUUAUUAAAAGGACAUGAGGAUUUGAGACAGGAUGAACGUGUCAUGCAGUUAUUUGGUUUGGUAAAUACGCUACUCGCUAAUGACCCAGAAACAUUCAUUAGACAUCUCAACAUUCAAAGGUAUUCUGUGAUUCCGUUGUCAACAAACUCUGGUCUGAUUGGUUGGGUGCCUCAUUGUGACACGCUACACACCCUUAUUAGGGAUUACAGAGAAAAGAAGAAAAUAUUACUCAACAUUGAACAUAGGAUUAUGCUAAGAAUGGCACCAGAUUAUGAUCACCUGACAUUGAUGCAAAAAGUUGAAGUAUUUGAGCAUGCUCUUGAGCAUACUAAUGGUGAUGACUUAGCUAAGUUAUUGUGGCUCAAGAGUCCAAGUUCAGAGGUUUGGUUCGAUCGACGUACCAACUACACACGAUCACUGGCUGUCAUGUCCAUGGUGGGAUAUGUACUGGGGUUAGGCGAUAGGCAUCCCUCCAAUUUGAUGUUAGAUAGAUUAUCAGGACGGAUACUUCAUAUUGACUUUGGCGAUUGCUUUGAGGUUGCUAUGACGAGAGAGAAAUUCCCGGAAAAGAUUCCUUUUAGGCUGACUAGAAUGCUGACUAAUGCCAUGGAGGUUACUGGUAUCGAUGGUAAUUUCCGCAUUACAUGUGAAAGCGUGAUGGCAGUAUUACGUGAGAACAGAGAUAGUGUGAUGGCUGUACUGGAAGCAUUUGUGUACGAUCCUCUACUCAAUUGGAGACUUUUGGACACAGGUACACCCAAGGGUAAGCGAUCCAAGGGAAGAACAGAAGCUAUGUCUACAGGACAUAGUGUUACAGCAUCUGGAGACCUACUUGAGAGUGUUGAUGAUAAUACUCCUUCACAGAAGAAACCUGGAACUUAUCCAGAUUCCAUGCAAUCAUACGAAAGUGAGACAGGAGUUCCACCAGAAGCACUUAACAAGAAAGCAAUAUCUAUCAUAAACAGAGUCAAAGAUAAAUUAACAGGCCAUGAUUUUAAAGGACAUGAACAAUUAGAUGUACCAUUACAAGUUGAAUUAUUAAUAGAACAAGCAACAUCUCAUGAAAACCUGUGCCAGUGCUAUAUUGGAUGGUGUCCAUUCUGGUGAUUUGAAAGUGUACCAAACAUUGCUGUACUACUUAGAACAACAUUACAACCACUGCUCCAUGAAUUACUGUGGAAUUAUUUGCCCCAUAGACGUUUUGACUCGACCAAUGAACAUUUGAUUUGUCUUCAUAAUUUUGUAAUUCUUUAUUGAAAAUAAGAAGAGCAAGUACCAAACUGGUUACCAUGGUAAUCAUAGUAUCCCUGUGGCAUGAAAAGUUAACAUAAUUAAUUAUUGGGAACAUUUGUGAUCACUUUGAAAAAAGUACAAAAACGAUGACCCCCCCCCCUCCCUCUCAUUUGUUUUCAACUACUGUAGAAUACUUUAUUUUUGUUAUAGAUAAGAUUGAGUGAAAAAAAAAAUCCAGCAAAUAUACUGUUGUUCCUAUAGUUUACAUUCAACUCGUCAAAAAUCAGUGAAAAUAAACUCAAAACACCCAAAAAGUCUGUUCAGCAAAAAUUAAUUCCAGCUAAAAUAAAGUAUUUUACAGUAACUCAAACUUGAUUGUUGUGAACUUAAUGGCACUAAGGAUCAUGUUAGCUUAAUAUGGCAUUACUAUGUCAAACUAUUUAUAGAGUAGAUCUAUACAUUACAAGGUGUCAUCCACACAAUGAUUAAUAACUGACAAAAUUGAAAUGAAGUUUAUUUUUUGUAAAAUAUGCAGAAUUCAUCUUUGCAAUAUGUUAUGCUCCCUAAAUAUUCUUAGCAGUUUUGAUGUCAUUUAGUGUUUAUCUCACAAAAACAGAAUUUGUUUGUAUCGCCCAUUCAUCAAUGCUUUGCUAGUUUGCAUGUCUUGUUGAAUGGGUUUCAAUUAUCUGUAAACUUUGUGUAGAUGACAGAAAAUAAAUAUAUCUCAAUAUAUUGCC